UUGUAUCACUGGUUGUAUUUUGCUGUGUAUUAAUUAAUCAGCAUAUGCCUUAAUAAGAAAAUAGAGAAGUAGUGAAGGACGAAAAUUUUUGAAUAAUUGUGAUUCUUUUUUCUGUGUACAAAAAAUAUUAGGUACUUAAAUUUGAAAAAUGGCAGACUGGAUUGGAUACCUUGUUUCUAUAAAAUUAGUAGGAGGCCUAGGUACUUAUAAUGGAGAAAUUGUAUCGGUGACACCUUCAACGAUUUCUUUAAUUCGAGCAUUUCAUAAUGGAAUUCCCCAACAGUCAAAAGAAACUGUAGAAAUAAGUUCAAAUGUGAUUGAAUCUUUGAAAUUGAUCGAACGAAAAAUGCCUUCACCACAACAAACUAGUACAAUUAUUGUAAGGAAACCAGUGGCAAAAAAAGCAGCUAAUAGAAAUCAGAGCACCACUGAAUAUAUUAACAAGGAUGGAAACUUGUGUGUCAGAAGCAAACAUAUGGAAGAAACUAUUAAAGUACAUCAAACGGAUAUUUGCUCCAAAAUCAAUGUCAGUAACAAAAGAGAUAAGAACCCAAAAAAUAAAUAUUCAAAGGGUUGGAGAGAUGAGGAAUGCUUUGGUGCACCUACUACAGAAGAAAUUACACAGGAUUUUGAUUUUGAGAGCAAUUUAGCUUUAUUUGAUAAACAAGCACUCUGGGAGAAACUUAGUGGUAACCAGAAGCCUGACAUUAUCAAGCAAGCUGAAUCAAAAAGGCCAAUGAAUUAUAGACAUGAUCAAAAUAUCAUCACUUCUGGACCUGUUUCAUACAAUCAAAUUCAGGUACCUAAAAAUGAUUUUAGUGGAUAUGUAACUGAUGGAGGGCUUGCCGUACCAUGUAUUAGCCCACUUUUGAGGAAUAAAUUAUUUGAAUGUGCUGAAAAAGUCGGUCUCACAUGGGAGCGAAGAGUGGAGCUUAUGGGAAGAGCUGCUACCGAAAUUGCGAUUGCGCUUAUGGGCGGCGGUCAUCGAUUACAACCACAAAAUUCUCACCAGUGGCCAACAGUGGUUGUGCUUUGUGGUCCUAAUAGACCAGGUGCAACAGGCAUCAAUGCUGCUAGACAAUUAGCAAGUCAUGGUGUACGUACAAUUGUCCAUUGGGUAGCCACAACAAACAAAUUUGUAGAAAGAGAAAUGUCUCUCUUCAAACAUACGGGUUCUUCUAUAGUCACCAAAGUCAGAGAUUUGCCUUCUAAUUGUGACCUUGUACUCUUGGCACUCUGUGAAGAGUCUGAUAUGAAUAAGGUAUACCCAGAUUUAGUUGCUUGGACAAAUAGAAACCGUGCACCCAUUUUUGCAAUCGAUCCACCAUCAAAAGGAACACCAAAUUUCCAUCCCAAAUGCUCGUUAGUGGCCACUCUGCCAUUAUAUUAUACUACAGAUAAUGGUAAUAUAUAUCUUUGCAAUCUGGGUUUACCAGAAAGUUGCUUCACAGAAGUAGGUAUCAAGUACAAACCACCAUUUGGAUCCAAGUUUUACAUUCCCAUACAUCCUAGAGAAUUGGAUUCCCCAUAGCCUGAUGCAUCUCCAAUUGUAGAUAACUAUUUUCAUUGACCUUUUCUUGUAAAAGGAUGCUCGAAUUUUCAAACUUUAUUUUUUAUAUAUUCAAGAAUGCUAUAUUUAGGUUUGUUAAAAGCAAUUUGUUAUGUAUUUCGAGAGUUGAAUUUGAGUUGUUUUAAAUAUUUGACUAUUUCAUGAAGAUGAGAAAUUGAAGAUUAUUUCAUCAAAACAAUAAUAUCGAUAGUAGUGCCUUGAGGUUAAUGAACAUGAACUUUUAAACUUUUUAAAGUCAGAUUGAAAAAAAAAGUAUUUUUUGGACAAUGAUUUUUUUCAAACUCAUCAUGAUCUAUAAACAGCUGGAUAAUUCCUCAAAUGCAAAGUUUAACUAUAAAAAUGAGGUUAUUUAUGAAAAAAAUUGAGGGUGAUUUUGUAACAAAGCAACUUGAUUGCCAAAUAAUAAAAAUUAUUCAGUUGAUUAUAGUUUCUCUAUGAAUGACUUGAAAAUUUUCUUCAAUUUCAAAUUUUAACUUGGUUUUGAAAUUUGACCUAUAUUUUGAACGCAAUAGUUGACAAUGCAAUAUGAUAUUUAUAAAGUAUAUGUCAAUGAUUUAUUAUUUGAUAAUUGAUUGUGGACAUAUUUUUUCCAUUUAAAUCAUUGAAAACUAUUCUUCUUUCACAUUCAAAGAAAUCUAAUAAACCAAUUUCAUAUUUAAUUAGGAAAUACUGUUCCUGUUAAAUUAUUUGAUAUUUUCAUGUUUUAUUAAAAAUAUACAGAUAAAUGUUACCUUAAUGUUAGAAUGUGAAAGUAGAUAUAGGUGAAUUAUUUUUUAGUCGUUCAUUAUAACUUUGUUGACAUAAUGAACAAAAUAGUUUGAAUCGGUUGUAUGCACAGUCAAUUCCAUUUUUCCCAGUUUUGAACAAUCUUUGAUCCCUGUUUGAAAGGAACUUAUAUAAAUUUCAUAUCUAGGAUAUUGAUGCAAAACAACUAAUAUUUCAUAUUUUUAUAGAAUAUUUAUUUAAGGAAUAUAUUAUAUUUUCAAAAUUAUUUACUCUCUACUAUUUUUUGUUGCAUUUUGUAGUAGUCUUGUUGGUAUAUAAAGGGUGAGUAAUCUUUGACUUGUACACAUAUUU